GUCUCGAUGUUCUCACGCAGUGCGCAUCAGAAACGAAAUGGCUGAAGAAGAGGUCGAGCAAACUUCUGGAAUUCUUCAGGAGAUUUUCACGUCGCCUCUGAACAUAAGCUUGCUAUGUCUCUGUUUAUUCCUGUUAUACAAAAUCGUCCGCGGAGACAAGCCUGCAGAUUUGGGCCAGUUUGAGGAGCCGUUACCUAAACUUAAAAAACGAGAUUUUACUUUAGCAGAUCUGCAGGAGUACGAUGGGGUGAAAAACUCGAGGAUCCUGAUGGCUAUCAGCGGGAAAGUGUUUGACGUGACAAGAGGGAAGAAGUUCUACGGGCCCGAGGGCCCAUAUGGGGUCUUUGCAGGCCGGGAUGCCUCCAGAGGGUUGGCCACAUUCUGUUUGGAGAAGGAGGCCUUGAAAGACACUCAUGAUGAUCUUUCGGAUCUCAAUGCCAUACAACAGGAAAGCCUGAACGAGUGGGAGACCCAGUUUGAACAGAAAUAUGAUUAUGUUGGGAAGCUUCUUAAACCUGGAGAAGAACCGACAGAGUACACGGAUGAUGAGGAAGUCAAGGACAAGAAGAAGGAUUAGAACAUGCAGAUCACAGGGCGGACCAAACCUAGUUCUAUCCUUCCGUGCUUAUGUGACCUAGCUUUGUUCCAGUCACACUUGCCGAUAGCUCGGUUUGACUAUUUUGUCUGAACCUCUCAUUUUCACCACCAUGACCUUAAAAAGCAUUUCUUAAGUUUAUAGACAGAAUUUCAUAUCACUGUUGUCUUUAAUGUAGUACAUGUUAAUGCUGCAUUAACUGUGACUUAUAAUGUCAUUUGUAGUUAUUCAAGGGUAAAUAUAUGCUUCAGGAAUAUAUAUGGCUUACUGUUAAUAUGGAACACAAUUCUCACUCUUUUUAUUUUGAUUGUUGAUCAGUUGUUUUAUCUAACGAGAACAUUUAAACCAAAAAAAUGACAUCAAGAUACACUUCAGAAUAUUUUGUGAGGGAUUUUAAAAGAGCAUCAGAUGACAUGUAGAUGAGAUCUCAAUCAAGGGUGCUUGAUGGACCAGUUUCACAGAUACAGAUCAAGACUAAAUGCAUACUAAUGGGAUUUCAAUAGGUAAUCAGUGAGAUCAUCACAUGCUAGUCUUAAUAUGUGCUCAGGAAACAUUUACAUAGAUGUAACAUUCCAUGAGAUUAUGUUUUUGACCAAUUCAAGUAUUUGUUCAUUAUUAAAGAACAUGACUUAUUAACAUAAU